UUCUUUUUAUGAAUGUCAAUGACACCAACUAGGAGACAAAUAGUCAUUGUAGUAUCAGCCAAUUGGACCGGUUCAAUUUCCGGCAGAAAUCCCUCAACAUAUCAACUUUCUUUACAGUUCAAAAUCUAUUCUAUUCAUAAACAAUCUCAAAUUGACUACACUCACUUCUAGCAUUAAAGAUGAUUGAUCCACCUAAACUUUUGCAUCAAACCUCAUAUUCUCCCCAAAUGAAAGGAAUUUCUUCUAUCUGGGUAGUCUUCAUCACAUCCCUUUUCCUCCUAAACAUGACCAAUUGUGUGGAGGAUGAGGUCAAGACAACACUGGUAAAUUUCCUGGCACAACUCUCUAGUACUAAUGGCCAACAGAAUUCCACUUUGGUUUGGAAACAAGACUCUGAUCCUUGUAAGGAUCAAUGGCAAGGUGUAUACUGUGAUGCUCAAAACAUUUCUAUAAAGAAGUUGUAUCUUGACAGGUUCAAUUUAUCUGGAACUCUUGAUGUUGCCAUGCUUUGUAAAUUGCAGCCCCUAGCUGAGUCUCUCACCAUUCUUAGUCUAGAUGGAAACAACAUUGGAGGAGGGAUAGCAGCUGAGAUUGGAAACUGUACACAACUCACUCAGCUUCACCUGAGUGGAAACCACCUUGCUGGAAACCUUCCUGGUUCACUUGCCAUGUUGAAUAAUUUGAAAAGGCUAGACAUUUCAAACAACAAUUUCUCAGGACGCUUGCCUGAAUUGUCCAGAAUCUCAGGGCUGAACAUGCUCCUUGCACAAAACAACCACCUCAAUGGAGAUGUACCUGCGUUCGAUUUCAGCAAUUUCGACCAAUUCAAUGUCUCAUAUAACAACUUCAGUGGCCUUAUUCCAGAUGUGCAUGGUUAUUUCUUUGCAGACAGUUUCCUUGGGAAUCCUGAACUCUGCGGAGAUCCACUGCCAAAAAAGUGUUCUGAUAUUCCUCUGGCUGUUAGUGAAGCAGAAGCAUCAGAAAAAUCAAAAGGAUCAAAGGGUCCUUCUAAAGAGCAGAUUCUUAUGUAUGCAGGCUAUGCUGCAUUGGGUGUUGUCCUUAUCCUUUUUGUUGUUUUGAAGCUGUGUAGAAGAAAGAAGAAAGAAAAGAAAUUUGAAGCAUUGAAAAGGGUAGUGUCAACUAAUGUUGGUGGUGCUGAAAAGUCCAGCAAUGUUGUUACAAGUGAAUCCAAAGCAGAGGUAAGCAGAUCUGAGUUUUCAGUCACUUCUGAAAGUGGGAUGGUUUCACAAUCACAAUCACAAUCACUUAUAGUUCUUUCAAGGCCAGUGGUAAGUGAAUUGAAAUUGGAGGAUUUGCUGAGGGCCCCUGCUGAAUUGAUUGGCAGAGGAAAGAAUGGAAGUCUUUAUAAAGUGAUGCUUCUCAAUGGCAUAACUGUGGUUGUGAAAAGGAUCAAGGAUUGGACUAUUUCCACCCAUGACUUCAAGCAAAGAAUGCAAUUGCUGAGUCAAGCAAAGCAUCCUCAUGUAGUGUCACCUCUUGCUUUCUAUUGUUCCCACCAAGAGAAGCUUUUGGUCUAUGAGUAUCAGCACAAUGGAAGUUUGUUCAAGCUUCUACAUGGAACUUCCAAAGCCUUUGACUGGACCAGCAGACUAGGAACUGCAGCUACAAUUGCUGAAACAUUAGCUUUCAUGCACCAGGAGCUUGGCCAGCAUGGAAUUGCUCAUGGAAAUCUGAAAUCCUCAAACAUUUUGCUAAACAUUAAUAUGGAACCUUGCAUAAGUGAGUAUGGUGUAAUGGGCAUGGAUGAUGCACAAAACACACCUACUGCUACUAGUUCAUCAGAUGUGUUCAAGGGAGAUGUUCAUAGCUAUGGUGUUAUUCUUCUUGAACUGCUCACUGGAAAGUUAGUAAAAAGUAAUGGGAUGGAUUUGGCUGAUUGGGUUCAGUCAGUUGUAAGGGAAGAAUGGACAGGUGAAGUGUUUGAUAGGUCUCUCCUAUCAGAAUAUGCAAGUGAAGAGAGGAUGGUUAAUUUGCUUCAGGUAGCUUUAAGAUGUGUCAAUCGUUCCCCUGAGGCUAGGCCAAGCAUGAACCAAGUUGUUCUUAUGAUUAACACUAUAAAAGAGGAUGAAGAAAAAUCCUUGAUUUAUGAAGUAUGAUUUAAUCGUACAAAGUGAUAAUGAAAAGAGUGACUGAUUGGAAAGCUUUUCUCAAGUGAAAUUUUCUGAUGUGUUCCAGGAAUAUUUGUAGAAUAUUUGGCCUUCCUUCAAUUCAGUUACUGUAUACUGGUUUCCUGAGUGGUUUGUUAGUUUGGAAAAUCUCACCCACUCAGUUCGAAACCAGCGCAACACCGAAAUCAAUUAUUGUAUAAUCUUUGUAUGUUUCUAUUAAUAACAAGGAAGGGAUGUGAAAUAAUAGCCUGAGACUGCAGACUGAAUCACUAUUCCUACUUGUAUUCUUUGGGCUGUUUAGUUUAGCUAGUAACUUAAUAGCAUUUUCCAACUUGAACAA